GGACGGGUCAGGAGCUGAGCGGCCGAGAUCAUGGAGCCCGAGCCCGGGGCGGACACGCUGCAGGCGGCCCACACUGCGCGCUGAUGGAGCGGCACCUGUCCGGAUCCACGAUGUCUGGCUCUGUGGCUGAAAUCACAAGACCUCUGGCCUGUGUGUGUGGGAGCCCUGCAGCCUGCAGUCACUGCCUCUUUCUUCUAAUAGGACCAAAUAAGACUCAGCCUCAAGCCCUCAAGACAUGGACAGGUGAAAACUGAGAGGCCAGCUGGUGGCCUUUAAUUUAUGGAUCUCUAAAGGGACGAGAACAUUUCUUGUUCAAAACAAACAUCAGCAUUUUCUUUUCAAAUGUCAUAUUUUGCCAAUUAGGCUAAAAAUGCCUUUAAACAUUCGAGCCAAGCCCACACAGAGCAAGCUUUCUGCUGCCACCAAGAGCAGCGGGCAUACUGAUGCCGGCACGUCACAUUCACGCUUCUCACGGUCCCCCAAACUGGGAAAAGGCAAGCAUGCUACGAGCUCAGUGCCGGGGUGCCGCUCUGGCCUGGAACCAGGUUCUGUGUCAGGAGGGAUUCCUGCAACGGGGCCCAAACUGGCCGGAAGUCAAGGGUCGGUAUCAAGGCCGGGUAUAAAGACCAAAGCUGGCACAGCGGCAAACAAAACCUCAGCUCAUGGGUCAGCCACAGCUCCAGGUGGUAAGACCCUGUCUAUGGAGAACAUCCAGUCUUUGAGUGCUGCUUAUGCUACCUCUGGCACCAUGUAUCCCAACGAACGAGAGUCCUUGGAACCAUCUGGCGGGUACCCCAAAGGCACCAUGACGCUGGGCAGGAGCACCAGUCGCUCUUCCUAUGUCGGCAGGACGACAGCUAUGGGAAGCAGCCCCAACAUCACCUCCUCUGGGAUGCAUCACUCGUCAGAGUCCUGCGCAGACCAGGCCCUGCUUUCUGCGGGGACCUCAAGCUUGCGUCGCCAGUCUGGAAGACCGACGCUGAAUUCAACCGGACGAGGGGAGGCCUCCACGUUCGAUCUCCACACCCAGCUGAGGGAGCUCCAGAGAGAGAAUGACACCCUGAGGCGGGAGCUCGACGGAGGCCGGGACGGGAGGAUGGGGCCUUGCGUGAACAGCAUCAACUUCUGGAGCCCAGAUGCAAAGAGAGAAAAGGGGGGCCGUCGGGAGGAGGGGGCUCGGAGCUCAGUUCUGAAGGACCAGUACAGGAUGAACCAAGAGGAUUUGCAGCCUGGGGACAUGAGGAGAAACAAGCAACUUCCGCUGACGGUUCAGGAGCUUCAGGAGGAGCUGAGGGCCCACAGAGAGAUGAACAGCCGGUCGCAGCAGCAGCGGCAGCAGGGGAACUCUGGUUCCUACCGAGAGCUCCAUAUGGACCAGGAUGUCAGAGGGGGCCUGAGCCCUGGACACAGUCCCAGACAAAGCCCCAGCAACCUGCACAGUCCUGUACCAAAGAGCAGCCCCAGAGCCAGCCCAUCCAACACGUACAAUCCCAGGCAACAACAGGAAGCGGACAUUAUCAUUCACAGCCCCGGGUACGGAUGCAACGCCGCGGCAUCUGCACAGCGAACCAGCCCAGCCAACACCUUACAGCCGGGGCCAAGGAACAGCUCCAGUCAGCCCCUCUACGGCUCCAGCCACGGUCCGGUUGCGGCGCCCAGCUCCAGUUCGCUCCGACCCUGCAGCCCCUGUCAGGUCCCCGGGUGCGACGGCUUUUCCUCCCCUCCUCCCUUAGAUCCGUCAGAGGAGAACUUUUUCCGGCUGCAGUCGGAGCACGAGCGUCAGGCCAAGGAGCUGUUCCUGCUGAGGAAGACCAUGGAGGAGAUGGAGAUGAGGAUCGACUCUCAGAAGCAGACCCUCGGGGCCCGGGACGAGAGCAUCCAGAGGCUGCUGGAGAUGCUUCAGGGCCAGGGACAAGCUCACGGACCGUGGGGACGGGGACAGCGGGCAGGCAUAAUAACCAUGGCGGCCCAGGAAGCUGAAGCUCAGCUGGAGAACAUGCACGUGAGAGAGGACACCAAGAUCUCUUCCUUGGAGAGGAACAUCAGAGACCUCGAGGACGAGGUCCAGAUGUUAAAGACGAGCGGCCUGCUGCACCCCGAUGACAGGCAGGACGACCUCAAGCAGGUGGAGGUCUACAAGAGCCACUCUAAGUUCAUGAAGUCUAAGAUCGAGCAGCUGAAGCAGGAGCUGAACAGGAAGGAGUCAGAGAUGCAGGCUCUGCAGACCAAGCUGGAGACUCUGACCAAUCAAAACUCGGACUGCAAGCAACACAUCGAGGUGUUGAAGGAGUCGCUCAGUGCCAAGGAGCAGCGCGCCAACACACUGCAGACCGAGGUCGACGCUCUCCGGGUGCGUCUGGAGGAGAAGGAGCAGUUCCUGACGAAGAAGACCAAGCAGCUGCAGGACCUGACCGACGAAAAGAGCACGCUGACGGGAGAAAUCCGAGACAUGAAGGACAUGCUGGACGUCAAGGAGAGGAAGGUCAAUGUCCUCCAGAAGAAGAUUGAGAACUUGCUGGAACAGCUGAAGGAUAAAGACAAACAGCUGGCUGGAUUGAGAGAAAGAGUGCAGGGCCUUCAGACUGACUCCAGCAACACCGACACCGCUCUGGCCACGCUGGAGGAAGCUUUAUCAGAAAAGGAGCGAGUGAUUGAAAACCUCCGCGAGCAGAAGGAGCGGGAGGACAGGGUCCGGCUGGAAGACCUGGAACACAUGAGGAAGGAGAACCAGGAACUGAAGGACAAACUCGCAGCUCUGCAGCCUCAAAAACUGAUCCAGAGCCAGACUGGUAACCCCAGCCCUACCCAAAACCAGAGGCCUGAUGGAGAGGUGCAACCCAAAGCAGAAGGGCCCCCAUCAGUCAGCCCCACGACCCAAAACAAGCAGGAAGCAGUCAGGAUAUGUCCGGACAUCACGGACCGUCUGAGGCUCCUGGAGCAGGAAGUGGCCCGUUACCGAGAGGAAUCCAGGAAGUCCCAGGCUGAGGUGGAGAGGCUGAUGGGAGCGCUGAAGGACGCUGAAAUGGACAAAUCAUGCAAGGACAAGAAAAUCACAGAUCUUGAGAGACCUGGGCAAAUCAAGUCUCCCAACAUCCAGAAGCAGAUGGUACCGGGUGAUAUGAGGAAAGAUGCUCUGGCUGAUGGCCAUCCCCAUUCUUUAUCGCAGGAUGCCAUGCGGGAGACAGCCGAGCGGAUCAUGGAGCUGGAGAGGGCACUGAGGGAGAGCAUGAACACCUCCGCUCACAGAGAGGCUCUGUGGGCGCAGGAGGAGGCCGACCGCGUUCAGGCGCAGAGACAGCUGGAGGAGCUGAUGGGGGCUUUGGAGAAGACACGCCAGGAGCUGGAUGCCACCAAGCUGCGUCUGUCCUCCACUCAGCAGUCCCUGCACGAAAGAGACGGCCACCUGAAAAGCCUGUGCCACGAGAGACGCAAACAGCUGGAGGAGAUUCUGGAGAUGAAGCAGCAGGCUUUGCUGGCAGCCAUCAGUGAGAAGGACGCCAACAUUGCCUUGCUGGAGCUGUCUUCCUCCAAGCGUAAGAAAGCCCAGGAAGAGGUGAUGGCGCUGAAGAGGGAGAAGGACAGACUCAUGCACCAGCUCAAACAGCAGACUCAAAGCAGAAUGAAGCUGAUAGCGGAUAACUACGAGGAAGACUACAUCCAUCCUCAGCAUCAUCCUCAUCAUUCGCACCAUUUACAUCCAGCAAAUGUGCAUCACCGAAGCUUGCCGAGAGGCCCCCCCCAUGCCAACCACCGAGCCCCUAUGGACCAGGAUGAUGAAGAGGGAAUAUGGGCAUGAUGACCACCACAACCACAGCACCCUUCAUCCAUUUGCUCACAGUGAGUUUCUAUUACACAGCUUGUUACACCUUUGACUAAUUUUAGAGGUAAUAUAGUCCCUGCCAGUACUGCAUAUCUGCUCCAGAUACUUUAAUGACCUUCUACACAAUAGGCUUCUUCAGUGGGCUUGAGUAACCAUUAGCUGGGAGCACUGAUGGUACCACAAUAACCACAGCAUUGCCCAACCCUGACAGAGGAGAGAGUAAUAGAACCUGACUCCUUUUCCACUGCUUGUGAAUUUGAGUUGACUAAAGAGCCUCGGUUGAUUUAGGGGUUUAUGGCUGCUUUCUGCGAAGUGCUCCUAUGCCGGUUGUGCGACAUGUGGUGCACGGACUGAGUGGCUAUAUAGGUAACUGUGUGGUAUUGGACUUAUACACAGUCAGCUUCGUAAAGCGAGCAUACCAGAGCCCGUGGGUGAUAAAAACGACACGGUGAGAAAAACCAGAAAUGGAUGAGUCUGUCUCUCUGCACCGAGUUUUUUUAGUCACAGUAAAGUUUUAUCGUGUGACCCCACCCUGUUGUGUGCCAGUGUGUGGGGUAGUUAAUUAGAAUACAACACAAAACAGUCGUGCAGGGUCUUUUUCUUUCAUUUUUAAAGGUUGCGAGCUAAAAGAAGCAUAAAAUGAAGAAUGCCAAGUCAUAAAGCAUAACUCCUGUUUUUAUAUCGAAGCCCCCCAUGGGCUCAGGAUGCCUUUGAACACAGAAAGUUAGAAAUGAGGUACAUGCAGGGACCGUUAUGGUUUGUUUGAAGUUAAUACUUGUGUGUUCCUGUCUGUGCAUAGGAAAGGCAGGCCAAUAUAUAGCAACUGAAUAGGGAGACAUAUUGAGUUGCAGUUAUGAAAGAUGAGAGCGAUAAAGUGGAAUUAAGGGGGGGAAAAAAGAAGGAAAGGGUGUUUGUGUAUUUAUGUGCGAAUGAGA